AUGGGUAAUGCCGAAGCUCGGACCGAUCUACACGCAUCAGGCAGUUCGGAACAGCGUCUCGAAGAGCCAUGCUCGGUGAAGGAUCCCCGUGAUCCGUGGCGCAUGGCUCUCUCUCUCGCUCAUUUGCACGUCGUACUGCCCAGGAUCGAGCCGGUCGCUGACAGUUUGUACUUUCUUCCUGCACAAGCGGCUGCCUUGGCAGGUGGGCGUGUGGGUCGUCUCAGUGCACGAGGCUCUCAAGGCACGCACUCGUCGUUCACAUCAGCGCAUCCGGCUUUCAUUGCCGCUCACAGUCUGAGCUCGCGCCUUGCAGACGUUUGCGCUGCCGAGUGUCGUGGCAGUCCACUGCGGUACCCUCAGCAACCACUGCAGGAGAGAAAGCCUGCGCGUCAUCUUGGCCCUGCGAGCGGCUGCCACUUGCGGAUCGUGUUCGGUCAAAAGUGUUCGCACUGGCAGCGUGGCCUUGCAUCACUGGUGUCUCCUCUUGGGCGAGGCGAGCCCAGCCCGUCAAACAGCGCCAAGUGGAGAAGGAAUUACGUCAGCACGCCAAAUGCAGCGCCCCAACAGGGUCCAUCCUCGGCGGCUCUUGAGGUGCAGAAUUGCAAGGCAUGUUUGUGUGCACUAGAUCCUUGCAUCUCACCUCCACCACUUGGUCUUUGGGAGCACAACGGGACGCUCGCUCACCGGCUGCACAGCGCACUUGCCAUGUCACACUUUCGACCGCAGGCGCGAGGCUGGACGUCCUUUCUGCGGCGGCCGCUGAUGGUGCGCGCCGCGCGCACGUCGGCCGUGACGCUGCAGGUGGUAUGCACGAUCCACCUGAUCAACGAGCACGUGUUCGAGAUCCGCAACUCGACGGGCGCAUCGAUGCUACCCACACUUGCGAUGGAGGGCGACUUCCUCCUUCAGCUCCGCCUCCCCUUGUCGUCGUUCCUCACCUCGCUUACCUCCGCCUUCACCGCCAGCUCAGACGAUACGGUUAGACAUCCAUACCACGGCAAGGAAAGGAUAGGAGGGUCGAUGUUUUCCAAGCAGGACCAGGCGCAGGGGACAGGGUUGAGGGUGGGCGAUUUGGUGGUGGCGCUGUCGCCGUUUGAUCCGACCAGGACGGUGUGCAAGCGGGUCAUUGGGUUGCCGGGUGAUACGGUGUGUUUGGACCCGAGGAUGCGGCCGCUACCGAUGCAUGCCUGGCGCGGCCGUGGGCCGCACAAACCACAGCCAAAGGAUCAAGGGCUGGGUGGGAAACUCGUACGCUUCCAAGACAUCAUUUCGGGCGGCGACUCUUCGCCCACCACGACGAGCGCAGAGACAGAAAAAGAGUUGGGAAGCAAGAUGGUGAAAUACGAGGAGCUCCUUUCGAGCCUCGGCGUGCCGACGCAACCGCCUCGGGGCGAGGUGGAUGUGUUUGCAAGUAUGGACACCGACGCCGCGCAGACCGAGGAGGCCACGGCGGCGCACAAUACGGCGGCGCUGGAGGAUCUGGAGCAUUCGUACGUGCGCGCGCGCGGCGACGUGCAGUACGUCACCGUACCCCUCGGACACGUGUGGCUGGCGGGAGACAAUCUGGCCAACUCGACGGAUAGCAGGCACUACGGUCCCGUACCGCUCGGCAUGGUGCGCGGCAAAGUCGUAGCGCGCGUCUACCCCAACCCGCGCUGGCUCGGCAACAAUCUCAGCCCCAUAGACUAG